UUAGAAUCAUAUUUCCAGUAUUCCAAAGCUCAGAAAAAAAAAAAAGGAAAUUAUAUUUACAGUAAACACAUCUCCAUCGUCGAUUCAUCUCCGACCUCGUCACACAUUCCCUGCAACUCGGCUGCGAAAAUCUCUCACCAACAGGGACAAGAAUGGAAAACACACUGAUUCAACCACUAAUCGCGGCGUUAAUCUCGUCCUUAAUCGCAAUCAGAGCUUACAGAAGAAAAUCCCUCGACCUUUCCGGAGCUCUUGCCGGCUUCGUCGUUAUGACCAUCCACAUUGCUUUCGGAUACAGGUAUGGAGCUAUGCUGCUUGUGUUCUUUUACACUUCGUCUAAGCUCACGAAGGUGGGCGAGGAGAAAAAGCGACGAGUCGAUGCUGAUUUCAAGGAAGGUGGACAAAGAAAUUGGAUACAAGUUCUGUUCAAUAGUGGGAUUGCCACAGUUUUGGUUGUGGUUAUGUGGAUAUUGACGGGGUGGCAGGACAAGUGUUUGGACUCAAAAGAGUCAACUCUUAUUACCUCACUCAUUGGAGGCAUUAUUGGUCACUAUUCCUGCUGCAAUGGAGACACUUGGUCUUCUGAGCUUGGGAUACUUAGUGAUGCACAACCACGACUAAUCACAACCUUCAAGCCUGUUCGAAGGGGUACGAAUGGUGGUGUAACACUAGCAGGACUAUUAGCAGCUGCAGCUGCUGGCAGUGUUAUGGGACUAACUUUUGUUGUCUUUGGAUUUUUCACAACAAAAUGCACAUAUGAUGUAGCUUUAAAGCAGCUAUUGGUAAUACCUCUUUCCGCUCUGGCGGGACUAUGUGGAAGUCUCAUAGAUUCUCUCUUGGGGGCAACACUGCAAUUCAGUGGAUUCUGCACUGUUCGCAACAAGGUAGUUGGAAAACCAGGGCCAACGGUGAAAAAGAUUUCAGGUGUUAGCAUUCUUGACAACAAUGGUGUGAAUCUCGUGUCAAUAUUGCUGACCGCAGUGCUGACUUCCAUUGCCUGCAGGAGUAUUUUCUAAAACCAUCUAUACAACUGAAUGAUUUUGUUAGUUGCAUUGGCAGAAUUGAGAGUUACAUGUACCAACUGUGGCAUAAUAUAUCCUUUGGAGAGCCCCCUUGAAUCUGCCCAAAACUUUUGUGAGGUGGUUAGUGGCUUUAGGAUAAAUGACUGGGCUUGAUAGAUAUUAGAUGAAUGAUAAUACUUGGGGAUC